GAACAGUUUGAUGCGUGCGUCUGUCCGCUGUUUGAUUGGAUUCUACAUUAGUUUUGUACACUUUUAGGUUAAGAAGUGUGAAACAACUGUGUUAAUUUUCAAUACUGUAAUAAUAUUAAUUAAUAACAGUUGCAGCAAUGUCACCUAGUUUUGAAAAUGUAAAAGAAGAUUCCAGCGAAGCUGAAUCAGGCUCAGAGUCGGACGGAGAGAGCGGAUCAAGCAGUAGUAGUCGUAGCGGUAGCCCUAUCUCCCACCCAGGGGUGGCUCCCACACCAGGACGUGGUAGUGAUUUUGAACAGGAUGUACGAUCCCCCAGCCCUGUCCCUUCGGCAGCCAGUCGAAGUCCCGCUACUCCAGCCCACUCAGCUACAUCUGCCAGUCCGCGGUCACACAGAUCCAAGAGUGUGGCAGAGUCUGGACGAUCCAGAAGUCCCUCAGGAUCAGAGCGCUCUCAAAGUCCUAAAUCUCAAACUUCAGAACAUUCUCCUAUGCGCUCUGAGCGAUCGCGAUCACCUAGUCAACCACAAUCACCGCAAUCAGAGGGCUCAAGAAGCCCACCUUCUGUCAGAUCUAAGAGCCCUGCUAACUCAGAAGCCUCGGCUAGAUCACAGAGUCCUCAAGGUUCAGAAGGAUCACACAGUCCAAAAUCCAAUAGGUCGGCGAGUCCUGUUCGAACCGGCUCUCAAAGUCCCAAAUCUAACCGGUCUCCUUCACAGAGUCCAGUGAGGAGUAUUAGGUCUCCAAGCGCACCACGUUCGGUUUCUCGCAGUCCUAAGUCAGCCCGUUCCGCUCAUUCAAGUGGUGAACGCAGUGGUUCUGCUAGUCCCCAGUCUAAUCACUCGGAUCGCUCACCAUCCCACAGUCCCAAGUCUCACCAUUCUCAAAGCAGUCGAAGGUCACGCCGCUCGGAAGGUUCUCCCAAUUCUGGUUCAAACAGAUCUGUCAGUCCUUCCAAGUCACGCAAGUCGUCUAGUCCUGUCCACUCUGCAAGAUCUGCCUCUCAGAGUCCUAAGUCCAAUCAUUCUGUCAGUCCGGCUCGGUCCGAAGGGUCUAAGAGCUCCAAGUCACACCGUUCGGACAGUCAAGGUUCAGAUCGGGCCGCUAGUCCCAAAUCACACAGAUCACGUAAGAGCUCGAAAAGUCCCAAAUCGGGAGCCUCUGGAAGUCCUAAAUCCGGAUCAGCAAGUCCAGCCUCCCCUCGUAGUCAAGCUUCAGGAUCUCAUCAUUCAAGAUCCAGGUCUAGAUCCAGAUCAAGAUCUAGAUCCAGGUCCAGGUCGCAGAGUGCAGGGCGGAAUGAAUCAGAUGCAGAGAAAGGUCGUGAUAAACAUAGUGGGAGCAGUGACGAAGGAGAAAAGUUAAAGGAAAAGGUUGAUGGAUCUGGCAGUGAUCACAGUGACUCUGAAACUGUUGCAAAGAGAAAGAAGGCUGUGCUAAGUGACAGCGGCUCAGAUUCUGAUGUAGUCAAGUCAAAAAAGAGGAUAAGGAUUGGCUCAGGCAGCGAUGCAGGCAGUGGUGAUGAGCCUAAAGAAUCAGUGGAUGCUGAGGCACUGUUUGGAGAUGCAGACGAUAUCAGCAGUGAUGAAGAGGAGAAAAAUGAGCGGCGGGACAGUGAGCGGAGAUCUGAUGACGAGCGGAGAGAGAGCGACACGGAACGGCGGCAGAGUGAUGAGGAGCGGUCUCCGCGCAGGGAAGAGGAUGAACCUGCUGAAGAGAAGGAACCAGAAGAACCACCUCCGGAGACCCGUAUUGAUGUGGAGAUCCCGAAAAUAACUUGUGACCUGGGGCGGGAAAUCCAUUUUGUGAAAAUGCCAAACUUUUUGUCUGUAGAGACAAGACCAUUUGACCCAGACAACUAUGAAGAUGAAAUCGAUGAAGAAGAGACACUGGACGAAGAAGGUAGAGCAAGACUCAAGUUGAAGGUGGAAAACACUAUCCGGUGGAGAGAGACGUUCGACAGAGAAGGCAACGUUGUGAAGGAGAGCAAUGCUCGGUUUAUCCGGUGGUCUGACGGCAGCAUGUCACUCCACCUGGGGUCGGAGGUGUUUGACGUCUACAAACAGCCGUUACAGGGCGAUCACAACCACCUGUUCAUCCGCCAGGGGACAGGUCUGCAAGGUCAGGCCGUGUUUCGCACCAAGCUCACAUUCCGACCUCACUCCACCGAGUCCUUCACUCACCGCAAGAUGACACUGUCACUGGCCGACCGUUCGCAGAAGACAUCCGGCAUCAAAGUCCUCUCUCAGGUCGGCUUCGACCCUGAUCAGAACCGCUACGAGAAGAUCAAGAAAGAGGAGGAGAAACUGCGAGCAUCGCUGCGGAGGGAGAGCAAGCAGAAGAGGGUGAGAGAACGGGGUGCAGGACGGGGACUGUCCACUUCUUACCUGGAGCCUGACCAAGAGGGCUCGGAGGACGAGGGUGGCAUUUCGUUGUCGGCCAUCAAGAGCAAAUACAAGAAAGGAGCCAAGGGCGGUGAAAACAAGAGGAACAUUUAUUCUUCUGACGAAGACGGUUCGGAUCUGGACACAAGACGAGCAAAGAAACUAGACAAGGCUAAGGCCCUGAAGGCCCUGGACUCUGAUGAGGAGGGGAGUGGAGAGGAGGGAGGAGAGGGAACCAUGGCUUCAGACUCGGACGCAUCAGACGGAGGGACAUCAGAAGGAGGGAAGAGCAAUGCCAGUGGUGGGGGUAGUGGAGACGGCAGUGGUGGGGGCAGUGGCGGGGCCAGCGGGGGCAGUGACGAUGAGUGAAUACUUUGUACCUUGUACAAACCUGUUGUAACUGUUAAGAGAAAUACCUGUACAAUAUUAAUCUUGAUUAUAUUCUUAGUUUAAAUAUUUUUAGCAAGUUGUAUAAUUUGUCUCGGUUGUAAUACAGAGAUUUAUUUGUU